GAUGGCCAUGCAAAGUAAAAUCUGUUUAAAUUUGUAGGUCUCCCAAUAAUACGAACUUGGAGUUUCGGCAGUUGUCGAUAAAUAAUACAGAAAGACACACGAAUUCCCAAAAAACGUUCUCUGCUAAAAAUAUUUAUAAAUAAAUAAAAAUACACACAAGAAGCCGAGAGUUGAACAAUCCAGAGGACAGCACUAUAAAAUAAAACCAAAGAGAUCGUCGGACAUCAUCGCUGUCUGCAGCAUAAAAUGGCUGACUUCGAUGAGGAUUAUUAUGUGGAUGAGUCCUUUGAGGCGGACUCGGAUGCAGAGGAGCUGGAGCAGGAAGAGGAGGAGCAAGAAGAGGGGCAGGAAGAGGAGCAGGAAGAGGAGCAGGAAAAAGACAAAAACAAUAACAAUAACAAUAACGAAGAGGACAGCGAUGACGACGAUGAUGUCUGCGAUGACAUCCUGGAAUAUAGCGAUGAUACCGAUGGCACCGAGGAUACCGAACCCGAAAUCGAUCCCAAGAUGGAGUUCCUGCUGGGAAACCCACAUGCCCGUCGGCAGUUGCUGCGCGCCCGCGCACGCCAGAAGAUGCCAACGUAUCCCAGCUCCUCGUCCGACGAAGAGAGCCAGGUGGUUGUCACGAAGACGGUGGCGGAGGUGAAUCCGUUGGCACUCGGCAUGGACACAUCGGUGGAGCUGGAGGAGGAUGAGGAUCCGGAUGAGGAUCCGGAUUCGGGGCGUACGCUAAAGCCAGGCAGUGACAGGUACCGAAAGAGCGUGGCCAGCAGCGAUUCAGACGAUUCAGAGGAAGUGGACGAUGAAGAGCAGGUAGAUGACAAGAAGUAUGGCGACGUGCUGGAAAUACUGGAAGAAGACGCAGAGGAGGAGCAAGAAGAGCAAGAAGAGCAAGAAGAGCAAGAAGAGCAAGAAGAGGAAGAGGAAGUGGAGGAGCAAGAAAGCGAAGGCGCCUUCGAGUCAGAGGAAGAAGCAAAUGGAGAGAGCGACCAGGAAGAAGGCUCCGAUGUCGAAGUGUAUCAGCCGGAAGAGAGCGAGGAGGAGCCUCAGCCUGAGCCUGAACCCAUUGCAGCUGCAGCUCACGAUUUCUACACUUUGGCCGAUGACAGCGACAACAGCAGCGAGCGCAGCCUCCUAUCGGACAGAACCCUUAUCAAUGGCAAGGAACCAACGCAGCUGCAUUUAAAGACGAGGCUCGAGGCAAUCAACGAAACGGAAACGGAAACGGGCAUUGAGACUGAUGAGAAGACAGCAGACAAAUUUAUGCUAACUGCGGAGCAACUCGCAGCGGCAAUGCCGCCCAUGGAACAGCUGGAGCAAUUUCUCAACGAGAUGAGCAUCGCAGACAGUAAGCUGAUGGGACCUGCCCAUAAGUCAACGCCCAUUAAGCUACUGGAACACCAGAUGAACCACAUGUCCGCGAUGAUCAUGAAGACAAUUCGCACUCGAGCAAUGGAGGGGCUGGGCAUGGAAACGGACAGGCUGCGUGCGGGCAGCGCGAGAGUGGAGGACGCUCAAUCGACGACGGCGGAGUCGAGCCUGGCGAGCGCUCGCAGCUGUGAUAGCAGUGAAACGAAGGGAAUGACUCCACAGGGUUACGGCCGUUGCCGCUGUCCCUCCAGCUCGGACUACAUGGAAACGGAGCAACAGCCAGAAACGCUGCUGGAUGGUGGCUUCUAUGUGGACGAGUGCGGCCAGGGGGAUGGCCUGAUGCGGCAUCCGCACCAGCGGCGGCCACCCGAGUACCAGCGAACAAUUUGCAGCGCAACGCCCAGCAGCUACACCAGCAAUGUCACGCGUUCGCGCUCAUCAACGGAUAAAAUGAACUACAAGAAUCUGGGACGCAAGAACUUCAGCUUCACCAAUGAGCAGAUGCGCAUAAUCGAGCGUCAGAAUCACAUUCUGCUGCAGAAGAUGAUGGCGGUCAAGCCGACGGUGCACAUCAAAGCCAGCACGAGCGCCACGAAGUGCAACGGCAAAGCGUCUUCCACGCAGCAGCAGGCAAUGCAACUUACGAGCGCAGCCGUGAACCGAAAGAAAUAUCAGCGACAGAUAAAUCUGGAGAAUAAUUUAAUUAAACGCAAAUUGGAUGCCAUACAUGCGCGUCGUCCGGAAUUCAAAUGAAGCCAACCUGCUUCUGCUCCUGAUCCAGCUCCUGCUCCCAUCACACAACUGUGUUCAUGUUUAGUCAGUUAUUAUGGAAUUGACGAAUUAAAAUUUAUUGCAAGUUACAAAAUGUA